CUGUUUACGUUUGUAACGUUAUCUGAAAGUAAAUUGUGUCACGGUUACGCGUAGUUUUGAAUGAGACGCAGCAGAUAAUAGAAUUUGGCUGUUAAACGUUGUAAAAAUGUGUUUCAAGUCAGUUCCGCGCUCGCACCUGCUCUUAUUAUUGCUUGCGGGGACGGUUUCUGCGGCGUCGGUGUCGCUUCGCCCCGCGCCGGUCGUAUUCGCGACCGUUCGCGCCGUAGUCGACAACGUUUUCGCCGUUUUGGCUCAGCUUAUCGCCCCUUUAGUGAACCUGCUGACUUUCAUCCGUCAGACUUUUGUAGAAAACGCUCUAAACUUGGUCACGGCCCUGGCCGGCACCGCGCAAACGAACCCAGCCAUUUUGAUCGUCCAGACGCUCCUCGUGGUUGCAAACGAGACGCUUUCCAACGUCACCGCGUUACUGACGACGGGCGGGGGCGCCGUCUUGAGCGGGGCGCAGGCCGGCGUCGACGGCAUCAUCGAUUUCGUGGCCAGUUUUUUUUUAGUGUAAUAGAUGUCACAGUUUCUAGUAGCUUUGUUUUGUCUACCUUAUAAUAACUUGUCUUUUUAGUUUGAGGCUCCGCUUUGGUUAGUUAAAGCAAAGUCUUAUAGCCUCAUCGAUUGUAAGCAGAUUAUUGUUAUUUACAUAAUCAGAAAAUAUACUUUUCGCCAUUUAUAGUCUACAAAAUGUGUGAGGAAAGAAAUUUCUUUAAAAAAUAUAAGGGAAACUUAAGAUCUAGGUUCUUUCGAUGCUUACCCUUCAUAUCGAAUUUCAGACCCAACCC